AGGAGGAGGAGGAGAUCGUCCGAAUCGCCAAGAAGAUGGAUAAGAUGGUGUCCAAGAAGAGCACGCUCCUUCCAAGUGAGGUGUCUAACGUUCAAGGGAUCCAGUAAAAACAUCGGAACAACAAAUACAAGAAAAUCGUUAGAUUGCUUUUCUUUUAUUUGCUCAUCAUUUUUUUAAGAAACAAAAUCACAGGAUUUUGGAAACAUUUGAAAAAUUGCAACAUCAAGAAUUGAUCUUAAAUGGCUGCUGUUCAUUAGUUAAUUUUCUUUAUCUCGGAGAACAUUACAGAGAGGGAUUGUUAUACUGUAUAAUAUAAUGGGUUGCAACUCAAGGGCAUAAGACCAUUGGAGCCUUGGACUUGCUGAGGGAGCUAAAGAACAUUCCUAUGAGUUUGGAAUUAUUGCAGUCUACCCGAAUUGGAAUGUCUGUAAAUGCCAUCAGGAAGCAAAGUAAAGAAGAGGACGUCAUAUCUUUAGCAAAGUCCCUCAUUAAAUCCUGGAAGAAGCUCUUAGAUGGUCCAGCAGCUGAGAAAUCCUCAGAAGAGAGAAAAAGAGAUUCAGUUUCCUUGACACAAAACAGUCCAGAAGCAAAAGAAGAAAGUUCAGGCAGCAAUUCCACUUACGCCUAUGAAACCUCGUGUACUUCAUCUCCUUUUCAACUAAAAAGUUAUCCUCAGGCUCCUUUCACCACCGAUUCUGUGCGGAUCAAAUGCAGAGAACUGCUAUCUGCUGCCCUAAAAACAGAUGGAGACUACAAUGCCAUUGGCUCAGACUGCGAUGAGCUUGGAGCUCAGAUUGAGGAAAGUGUAUACCAAGAAAUGAAAAACACAGAUAUGAAGUACAAAAACCGAGUGAGAAGUAGGAUUGCAAACCUUAAGGACUCAAAGAAUCCAAAUCUGAGAAAGAAUGUGCUGUGUGGCAACAUUGCACCAGAGAGAUUGGCAAAAAUGAGUGCAGAGGAAAUGGCCAGUGAUGAACUUAAAGAAAUGCGAAAAGCCUUGACAAAAGCAGCCAUCCGAGAACAUCAAAUGGCUAAAACGGGGGGUACAUCAACUGACCUGUUUAAAUGUGGCAAAUGUAAGAAGCACAACUGCAGCUACACACAGGUUCAGACCCGUAGUGCUGAUGAACCAAUGACCACGUUUGUUUUAUGCAAUGAAUGUGGAAAUCGAUGGAAGUUUUGUUAAGAUGACCCCAAAGAACUCCACAAGAGAAUUUGCUGGACCAGGAGAGUACUUGAUGAACUCUUAAUUUCUAACUAGUUGUGUAAAUGACAAAGUCAAAACUUCAACAAGGAUAUUUGUAGAGCAAUACAUCCCUGUGGCAGAUUGUUUCUUUUGUACAAAUAUAGUUUACUUAAAAACAUUCUUCUGUGUGUUUUCUCCAAAUUAGUUCAUGGGAACAAAACACCUUCUGUUCACCGAGCAGCAUCUGUAUGUAUUGAAUGAAUUUCUUUUUAUAUGUAGUUUGACAUUAAAGUUUUAAAAACUU